UCAUACAACACACUAGUUAUUGAAGCAUAUCCCCUCUAGCUAAGAAGUGAAGAUUGAAGGUUCCAUCCAUGGCUAUUACCAAACUCGGCUUUGUCACUCUCCUCCUCCUCUGCGCCAUUGUUAUGGUGGUGAAGAAUGCAAAUGCCCAAGAAAUGAAACCUUGCACUAAAGAGUGUGACGGUCGAGCAGAGUAUAUGAUCUGCCCUCGUCUGCCGGGGCAAAAGGUGAAGCAAGUUGCAGAUCAACUUUGUAUGAACUGUUGCGCAGCAGAGAACAUGGGUUGCAUACUCUUCGAUCAAAAGGGAACUGCCUAUUGCCAUGAAGAGGAGCGCUCGUUUAUCCGUAAGAUGGCAACCAUGGUUUAGAUCCCCAUGAAUGCAUGCGCCAAUAAAACGCAAACAUCAAGUUUGCUCUAUGUACUACUGCAUCUAUCUUUGAAUAAUUAGGAUCGGAGAUUAUUAGGCGGCCUAUGGACGCCAUCUCCGGCCUUUCUUGUACUGAUCUGAAGCUUUUGCCGAUGUUAAUGAAUGGAAAGUGGUGGAAUUAAUUAA